GUAACAGUAGACUGACGUAUAAUGUCUGCGUCCGUCGCACGUAAACAUCAGAGUAACAACGAAAGGGAGCCGCAGUUGAUGUUUCUAAGUCAGAGUUUGAUGAUGAAACAGUUUGCAGAGGAGCUUUGAAGCCGCGCAGCUGCAGUUAUUCUGGACUGAUCGCGAAGAAAUAUGAUGGAGGACUUCUCCGGCCUGGCUCUGCCUCCUCUGUUUGGAGGUCACAUCCUGGAGGCAGAACUGGAGCCUGGUGGGGUGGAGCUGGGACCAGGAGAGGUGGAGCUGGGUCCAGGAGGCGGCGAACUGCUGGAGAACACGACGCAAGAAGACGAGGAGAGACGAGCUCUGGACAAAAGAAAAUACCUGGCUCUGAACAGAAGGUGUAAAGAAAUAGAACAGGUGAAUCAGAAGAUCCUGGGCCGCCUCCACCAGGUCCAGAGAAUCACACGACGUCUGAAGAAAGAACGACGGUUCCUCAUGAAGACUUUAGACGCUCAUGGAGACGAUUACAGGAACGCUCAGCUCACCAUCCUGCUGGAGGAUGAGUCCGGAGCUCAUGUGGAUCCUGCUGCUGGAGCCGAGGAUGAACGGGUCAACGGAGUGUCUGGAUCCACGUCAUCUGCAGCCGGACCCAAGAAGAAGAGGCACCGGGUUCCUCGACAGGAGAAGGACAAAGAACAGCAGGGUGAAUCCGACAUGUUGGCAGAAACACCGUUUGGAGAGAUGCCCAGUCCCACCUCCCUGUCCCACUGAUUCCAGUUACACUCCGUUAGACUAAACCGUCCGUGACUGUUCCUAGUUUCACCUGUAAACAGACUGAACGUCACUCAGACUUUUGUUCUGUAUAUAUUUUUGUGUGUUUUAAUAUUUUGUGCUGAUGGUUUUGACCAGUAAACAACCUGGUGGGUGACUCUGACUGCCGAGAUGUAAAUAUAACGGGUAGAAAACAUGACGGUAUCUGGUUCUACAUCUAGUCCAGUCUGAUCUCCAGUAAAACCAGUAAAACCACAGCAUCAUAACCUAGAAAUAACCACAACUCCCAAUGGUUCCUUUGUUUUACUGCAACAAUGUUCACAUUUAAGCAAUUAUCUUUUUACAAAGCAUAGUGAACAAUCUGACAUUUAUUCAGAAAAAUAAAUUCAGGUUCACCAACAUUCAUCCUCAGUUUAUCAUUUCCACAUUACAACUUCCAGAUCAGAGUGUCUACAAAGGAACACAACAUUUAGUCACCUGGAACUGAACCAUGGAGGGUUUACUGGAGGAUCACAAUGACCAAAGUCAGACAGAAAAAAACAAAACACAACAAAAAAAUGAGACACAAAGUGACAAAAAUAUGAGACAUAACAAACUCAGACAGAACAUGACAAAAACUAGACACAAAAUGACAAAAACGAACUAUAGUAGUACAAAAUGACCAAAGUUAGACUGUUACAAAAACGAAACAUAAAGUGACAAAAAUGAGACAAAGUGACAAAAGAACAAUCUAGUAUUUUACUUUCUGAUCCAAACAACUUGUCAUGGUCUAGAAAUGAUUUUAAAUUUAUAGUUUUACUAAUUUACAAUCUGCAGUUAAUGUCUUCUCUGUAAUUUUUACUCUUUGAGGGCCGGAUUGGACCCUCUGGAGGACCACUUUUGGCCCACGGGCCUCAUGUUGGACACCCCUGAUAUGUUCCAUUAUAAUAGUUCAGACACACAGAAAGAUGUUUUAUUUUCAGGCAAGAAUAAAAAUAAAAUUGCCAUAAAGAUUCAUUUCCUCAAGUAAAGAAAAAAUAUGUGGGGGCUAUUAAAGAAAUGUUUUUCAAAAUACGAGCUUCAGAUCCAGUUUUGUGUGAAUUUAUUUAUCCCCGUGCCAAAUUUAGAUUUACUGGGAUUUUGUUCUAUAAUGGUAGAAGUGUUUAUCAUAAUUUUAACCUAUUUUUAGGUUAUUUUGCUUUUUUAUUGGAAAAUAAUGACUGAUGUUGGACGUGCCAUUUUUCAUCAAAAUUUAAAAUGACAAAAAUAAAAUUAAACAAUUAUCAGAAACAUC